CACUCUCUCGCGUCCGCCCCACUCCUCUCCCUCCCCCUUUCUCUCUCGCUCGACUACUCGAGCUCUUGCCCAAAAAGAUUUGGGAGGAUUUUUCGUCUCCGGAGGUGGAUCUGGCUGCUGUAGGUGCCGUGGAUCGACGCGCUGUUGUAGUGCUGGCCGCGGCGGUGGUUUCCUUUGGGAUUUUCUCUUUUGCUGCUGCGACGGGAAGUGGAGGGGAUUCUCGGUCGGAUCGGAUCGGAUCUGUGUGCUGAUCUGACGGAGCGAGAGGUGGAGCGGGGAGUCUGGUUGGUUGGUGGAGACGACGAUCUCUGUGGAAGAUUCGAUUUGCGCCUCGGUUGUGGAUCUGGAAGGGCUUUGUGUGACCCGCCGCUCCAAGCUGCCUAAGUUAUAUCGGAAAGUGACCGCCUUUCACGCCUACCGUGAUCAUCAUCACCGUUGCCGCUGACGAUGGAGGGUCUUGUGGUUAUCUCGCAGCAGCGCAACCACCAUAUCCAACACUCUGGUGGCCGAAGCAAGUCGACAGGGUCUCACUUCUCAUCACCACCAGCCUCACAUGGAUUCCGUGGCAUGAACUGUCGCUCUUUCCAUUCCAGUGUCUGUUCUGGCCUCCUGCCCUCACCCCCACCGCCACCUGCUCGCACAUACUCAUCCCCGGAGCCCAAGACACCAAAGCAGCAGCUGCAACGUCGGGGAGGCAAGCGCAGCCGCCCCAUCUCCAUAAGCCCUUCUACAUCUCCAUCCCGCCCUGAGCUGUGGGCAGGUCCAGCAUUCUCCAAUUCACCACCUCCUAGCUCACUGCCGAUCCCCAAGUUCUCCCUGCGCCAGAAGCGCAGUAUCUCACUUGAAUUGCAACAGGUCAAUCGCUCUGAUGAAGUGGAGGUGAAGCCGCAUGCUAAAUCGGCUCCUUCCUCACCGGUUGGUGGAUCAGGGUUUGACUUCUUCAAUGAUAAUGAAACUGCUGUUGCAACGGAGAAUCUUAGGAGAAUUCUCCAUUUGGAUAUUGCUGAUCAUUGAAUGAUGGGAGGAUGGAAGGGUAGUGCCUUUGUACAUAGGUUAUCUUCCACUGACUUUAGUUGUUCACUUGCAUAGUAGUGUAUAGAGUAAUGAGAAUAUUUAGGUGGAGGUAGUACUUUAUGGUCAGGGUCAUGGUGGAGGUGGAGCUUUAUAGGUGAAGCAUCUUCUGAAGGUUGGUUAGUCUAAACUGCCAUAUGUAAUGUUGUUAAGGUGGAUAGUGGGGUAAGGAUAGGGUGGAUUCUGUGUCAGGAUAGGGUGGAUGGCAGUUGACACCUUUAGAUUGGGCUCACCUAUAAUGUUUUAGGUUUAGUUUAAAAUCUCAUUUGCAUCCAUGGUACCUGUGAUGAACUGACGAUGGCAUUAUGCCAAUGCAGAAACAUCUGUGGUUGGUUCAUGUCAGGUAGAAUAGCAUAGUCUGGCAGCUUGUUGAUGAUAGAACACAUUCUGUUCUAGAAGUGUCUUUAGACCCCAGUCAGAUGUUAAAUAGUUGUAGACAUCUACUUUUCUUGCAUUUCCUUGCACACAUAUAUCCUUCUAGUCAACUGAUUCUCACCCUUUAACCAUCCUGACUUCCGUGGUGCUCUGCAAAGAACGCCAAUACCUCUCCUCACUGGCUCUUCUGUAUUUUUGGAAGGAAGAAGCUGGGUGGAAGAUGGAAGCUGUCCCCUCUCUUGCUCCCUCUAUAUGCCUAUACUAACUUUCCUUUUCCAGUUUGUUGCAUAUUUAUCAUGACAUGUUCUCUCCACCUUCAUUCAUUCCUGUUCUAGGUUCAUCUCGUGUCCCUUCACAGGUUGCAUUUAGUAACAAUCUUUAUUCAAAUCAUCAUACUCUCCAAAUCUCUCCGCUUUCGUGAACCACUUAAGCAGCUCUAGUUUUCUACUUUUCCUCAAGCCUCAGUGGUUUUGAGGAACAACGCCAGACAAUGAUCCGCGGAGCAUGCAAGUCACAUUAAGGUUGGCUUUGCUGUUUAUAUUUACCUCAUGUUGAAGUUGAAGACUUGAAGUUACCUAAUGUCCUAGUUCCUGCUACAUUACCAUAAUUGCCACCUAGCAGUCAAGAAGCACUUUGCCGGCAUAUUAGUUUUGUCGAUUGUAAUGUCAAUCUUUGAUGGCCAUUUCUGUUGAUGUUUAGCUGUAUCAGCCAGGCUGUCAUGCUUUCCGCUAGUGUUUAAUAGAUAAUGUUACUAUCCCAUGAACCAGAACUAAUAAUGUUAUGUUUUGUAUAACUAAAUGCCA